UGCUAACACUCCAACACACUUAAACACAGCUCGUCCUUCUUCAUCUCUUUGUUUCUCCAUUUAUGCUCUUUCAUUUUCUAUCUCUUUCUUUAUCCUUUGCUCUGUCCUUUACCAUUCUUCUGUUUUUCUCCUUUUCUCAUUUUACUGAGAAACCACUUCACUCUCUCCUUCUCUUUUCUCCACCAGAAAGUAGGAAUGGAUUCUUCAAAUCCAUUUACUCAGUCUUCAGGUUUUCUGGAUCUGUCAAGUAGCCAACAGUGUGAUCCUGUCUCACAAAGCAUAGCUCUUGGAUCUUCAGAAGUUCCUCUUUUUAGUUCCCAGGGGACUAAUGCUCCAACUCAAGCUGAAGAGACAACUGAAGACAUAAGAGGCGGAAGGGAUUGGUCACAGAAGGAAGAUGUGGUGCUCAUACGUGCUUGGCUUAACACAAGCAAAGAUCCGAUCAUAGGGUAUGAUCGAAGGCCUGGCUCCUUUUGGAAAAGAGUUGGAGCUUACUUCAAUGCAAGUCCUCAUCUUGUCGGUAUGCCAGAUAGAGAGGUUGGCAACUGUAAGCAAAGGUGGUCCAAGAUCGAUGACCAAGUCAACGAGUUUGUUGGCUCGUUAUGUGCUGCAACAAGAAUGCAGUCAAGUGGGCAGAAUGACAAUGAUGUAAUGAAGCUUGCUAAUGAAAUCUAUCACAAUGAUUACGGUGCCAAGUUCACACUUGAGCAUUGUUGGAGGGAGCUCAAAAAUGAACAGAAAUGGCGGGUAAAUUUUGGGACAGAUAACAGCAAGUCAAAAAGAAGGAAGGGUGAAGAUGGUUCUCAAGCUUCUUCUGUCCAGUCAUCAAGCCUUGGAGAUGAAGAAGAGGCUCGUCCUGAAGGUGUGAAGAAGGCAAAGGCAAGGUUGAAGGCUCAAAGGAGGGCCAAAGAGAUGGAAGCAACCAGCAGAAAGCCUGUGGAGAAGUUCCAAGAGAUGUUUGAGAUAAGGAAGCAUUACUUUGAAAUGAAGGAGAAGCUUACUAAGCAACAUAAGUUGGAGACUCUCCUUAGAAAAAAAGAGCCUCUUAGUGAGAUUGAACUGGCUUUAAAGAACAAACUAAUAAAAGAUAUGUUGUCAUAAGAAUCUAUGAUGUCUAUAGAGUCAGUCUGCUUCUGCUUAUGUAUUUGUUUAUGGAGUCAGUUUGUUUAUGUUUUUCAGGUCAGUUUGUUGUUGUUUGUUGAGUCAGUUUGCUUGUCUAUGUCUUAUGUUUUAAAAGUCGGAUGAAUGAUGUAUUUUCACUAUCUAUGAACUUGUUUUAGUAAUGGUUUAAAACUAAA